CGACAGAUUACCAGCCUGACGGCGGCGACACAUUAGGGGAGUACGCGGUCACAUCCAUGGCAUCCUGUAUUCCCACUCUUCUCAACCCUCUCUGGGGCGUUCUAGCAGCCGCGUUACCUGCACCUGUUCGCAAAGGGAUGCGGCCGUAACUUGGCAUUAAUCUUGCCGCGCGGACACCUCCACAUCGUGGUCAGCUUUCAUAUGGACUCUCGCGGGGCUCUCACACAGCCCACGUCUCCGUUCCUACAAUCUUGGCUUUCUCGGCUUCCAAGUCGCUCUCUCCACCUCCCUCCUUACGCACCAUGACCAGACGAAACGUCAUUCCGCUCCUUGCUGUGUUCGUCGUCCUUUCCAUAACUGCAUUCUUUUACUCCGACAUACGCACCAGCGAAACGUGGAGGAGGUUGCCUCAACAUGUGGGCUUGGGCGAACACAUUGGCAACAAUGCGCAACCGCACAGCGCGGACCCAUUGCGCGAUCCCGACUACACGAAUUGGAAUCCAAAACCCGUGUUCAAACCAGGCUCGCCGAUGCCCCCGGGGCAUAAUUAUACAUCGACAUUGAUAAUUGCAAAGACAAAGAAAGAGGAUAUCGGAUGGAUACUGGAAAAGCUGCCGCAGCAGGACAGAGCCGUCUAUGUUGCGGACGAUCCAACUGCGCCGUUACACCCCCCAAAGAACAAGGGCCACGAAGUCAUGAUCUACCUAUCGUGGAUUAUUGACAACUACGACAACCUUCCUGACGUGGCCAUCUUCAUGCAUGCGCAUCAAUUAUCAUGGCACAAUGAUAUGCUCUUGGGUAACGACGCACACGAAAUGAUCACUCGUCUGAGUCGGCCACGCGUUUGGAGAGAAGGUUUUGUGAACAUGAAGUGCACUUGGCAACCAGGCUGCCCGGAUUGGAUGCACCCAGGUGUGACGGAACAGGACAAGGGAAAGCAGGAAGAGGUUCUUCUUGCAAAGUCCUGGAGCGAGCUUUUCCCCCUCGACGAAAUCCCUAGUGUGCUAGCGCAGCCUUGUUGCGCCCAAUUUGCCCUCUCGCGAGAACGGAUACAAGCGAAGCCCUUGGCGCAAUACGUCUGGUACCGUGACUGGGUAUUCAAUACACAAUUACCCGACUACCUUAGCGGGCGCAUCUUUGAAUACAUCUGGCAAUUCAUCUUCACGGGCCAAAACAUUUACUGUCCAAAAGAGCAUAUCUGUUUCUGCGACCAGUACAGCGUUUGUUUUGGCGGUGAAGAAGAAUACGACAACUUCAAGGCUCUUGCGGCCGAGUUGAGUGAUAACCAAGGGAAGCUUAUGUACUGGUAUCAGAGAGCAGCGAGUAUCGCAGAGGCGAAGAAAGAAGGCAACAUGCAACUGCUAAAGGAAAUUGAGACACCUGAGCCAGGCAAGGAUGAGGAGUAUAGGAGGGAGAUUGACCGCUUAAAGCCGAUGGUCGAUCAAUUAAGACAUGACGCCUAUGUUCGAGGCGAGGACCCGCAAAAUCGCGCGUUGGAGGUAGGAAGGGAGUAGAAAGAGGGCGAUGGUUUUUGAUGCAAAUACUCUUUUUCUCUAGCCAUAUCAAUGUCAGGAACAUUGUGAGUAGAAUAUAUAGACAUGGCUUAUUCAAAUCAACC